AUGAAAGGAGACGCUCAAGAGAGGAAGCCAUGGGCAGGAGAGGGUAUGGACUUUUCAUUUCAGAUCAGGGUGGUAGACUACGUGGUUGUCGAUGAGAAUGACCGAAUGGUGUAUGGAGGGAGUAAUACCUUUCUGGUAUCACGGAUCACCACCGAUGAUUGCGGAACGGAGCAGGAAGAGAACAAAAAAAAGGAAUGGGAAAAAAUACCUAAAUGGGAAAACCACCAGAAAAAAAAAGCAAAUGACUUCGUCCGACCGGGCAGUUGA